AUGGAACAACUGAUACAGGAAAACCGAACAUUUGUCACUGAAUUUCUCCUUCAGGGGUUUGGAGACGUGGGGGACCAGUGGUUUUUCCCCUUCCUGCUCUUCUUGGUGAUCUACAUUGCUACCAUGACUGGGAACAUCCUCAUCAUUAUGCUGGUUAUAAUUGACCAUCACCUCCAUACUCCUAUGUACUUCUUCUUAGCUAACUUAUCCUGCUUGGAGACUUGUUAUAGCUCCAGUAUCCUUCCCCUGAUGCUAGCAAAUCUUUUCAAUGGGGGUGAAGGAACCAUUUCUGUAACUGGCUGCUUGGUGCAGUAUUAUUUUUUUGGUUUUUUAGCAGCUUCCGAAUGCUACCUGCUUGCUGCAAUGUCCUAUGACAGGUAUGUGGCAAUAUGCAAACCACUGCUCUAUAGAACUCUUAUGAAUGGCCAGGUUUGCCUGCAGCUAAUAGCUGGAUCUUGGAUAAGCGGUUCUAUAGCUAUUAACAUAACCAUCUAUUUGAUGCACCAGUUGCAGUUCUGUGGCUCUGGUGCAAUCAAUCAUUUCUUCUGUGAUUUCAAUCCAAUAUUGAAGCUUUCAUGCAAUGACACGCACAGGAUUGAACUGUUAUCAGUCUUUCUUGCUGCCCUGUGUUCCUUGCCUCCCUUUUUGUUGACCUUGGCUUCCUAUGUUUCCAUCAUAUUUGCCAUUCUGAGAAUCCCAUCUAGCAGUGGGAGGAAAAAAGCUUUCUCAAUUUGCUCUUCUCACCUCAUUGUGGUGUCCAUCUUUUAUAGCACAAUAAUGAUUGUCUAUAUGUUGCCCAAAAUGGAGGAACUACAAGAUCUCAACAAAGUCUUCUCUCUGUUCUAUACAGUCCUGACACCUUUCUUCAACCCCCUGAUAUAUUCCCUGAGAAACAAGGAAGUAAAGGAAGCGUUCAGAAAUGUUUUUGUUAGAUUAUGUACAUUUCAAAGAACACAUGGGUCUACUUUUCUCCUUUAA